AUGAAUUUACUAAAGUUAAUUAGCAAGAACAAAAAAAUGAAGAACGAUAAUCUAGGAUGUUCCAUAUUUUAUUAUGGGAGUUAUGUGAUAAUGCUCCUAACCAUCGUGCUGUCCAAGUUUUUUGUGAUCCCAUUAAUAGCUCAAAUGUUUUUGUACACAUUUAUAACUAUUUAUAUCGGGAGCCAUGAUAGUCUGAAGCAAUUAGAGGUUGAUGAUCGAGUUAAGAAGGCCGAUAAUAUUACAGCAUAUGAUGCGAUUAUGUUCCCCAUAAUUGGUUCUGGAGCCUUACUAACUCUAUAUUUUGCUUAUAAGUUUUUAGACCCUUAUUAUGUCAAUAUGCUUCUAACCGUCUACUUAACUCUAGCCGGAGUUUUCUCACUACAAGGUGUUGUUGCAAACAUUUUGGAACCUGCUUUACCAAAAUUUUUUAAAAAAGAUGAAUAUGUUAAAAGCUUAAAAUUACCAGGGUUCAUUUCGAAGGAUCCCGUUGUUUUCAAUACAAACAAAGGAGAAAUAAUAAGUUUCUUGUUUUGCUUCAUUAUUGGUGCACGAUGGAUUUAUUAUAAGGAUUUUAUCACCCAUAAUGUGUUGGCUGUGUCCUUUUGUUUUCAAGCCAUAUCCUUAGUUAUUCUAAGCAAUUUUUUAAUAGGAUUCAUAUUACUUUCCGGUCUCUUUGUGUAUGACAUUUUCUGGGUAUUUGGUAAUGACGUUAUGGUAACUGUUGCAAAGUCAUUUGAAGCACCGGUAAAAUUGCUAUUUCCAGUUUCAAAGGACCCAUUACAUUAUAGUAUGCUAGGAUUAGGUGACAUAAUUAUACCUGGGAUUGUAAUAUCACUAUGCUUACGUUUUGACUAUUAUUUACACAGAAAUAAAAUACACAAGGGAAAUUUUAAAAAAAUGUUUAAUGACAUAUCAAUACAUGAGUCAUUCAAGAAAUAUUAUUUUUAUACCAUUUCGAUUUUUUAUCAAAUAGGGUUAUUAGUAACUUACUGCAUGCUUUUUUAUUUUGAGCGUGCACAACCAGCUUUGCUAUAUCUUGUACCAGCAUGUAUAUUGGCAAUUGUAGGAUGUUCAUUAUGCAAAAGAGAAUUUAAAAUUAUGAUUAAAUAUCAGGAAAUUACGGAUAAAAGCAAUGGUUCUGAUGAUGGAAAAAAGAAAGUUGGUGAAAAGGAUGAACUAUUUAGAAGCCAAGAAUCCAUUAUGUCCAAUGCCAAAAAAAGAAUCACGAAUAAAUAG